GGAAAAACCGAUUCUUACAUAGACCAAAUGAAAUUUUGCAUAAGAAAAACCGAGAUGGCAGAACUGAUGCAAAAAGAUGUUUUCACGGCGACAACCGAGGCAUUACAGCAAUAUGAUACGGAAAAGGAUAUAUGUGCCUACUUGAAGAAAGUAUUCGACCAAAAGUACGGCCCCACUUGGCACUGUGUGGUGGGGCAUCACUACGGGAGCUUCAUUACCCACGAUCCGGGGGAUUUUAUCUAUAUGGAUAUUGGAAAUGUUGGACUACUGCUAUUUCGAUGUGGUUGACUGGUACACUUCAUCAAUAUGCACAUCAGAAACGGGACACUCCAGUGGUUAUUGUCUUCGAAUCCGAUGAAGCUGUUGUUUAACUCACAUUUUUCAUACGUGGCUUUAUUGACUCCCGAAAUAUUGAUUUUCAUCAAGAGUAAACCUAUUGCACUCCUCUUUAUCUUCGUUUCAGUAAACCAAUAAACGUUUAAAAAAUC